AAAAACUCAAGCAAGCGGAAGUGACGUCAUCCGUUGUUUGCAUUCUUGGUGCGCGGCAAACGAUCGUCGUACAUACUAUUUACCUAAACAAUUGAGCUUACCAGAACCGGCAGCGUGUUUGGACUUCGUGUUUUUAUGACAUCAGAGACGAGUGUGUCAUUGGAAGAACAUGCCAGAAAUUAAGCUCAAGCAUGUGGUGUCCUGCAGCAGUGAGGACAAUACUCACAAGGCGGAUAACCUCCUGACCUCUGACACUUACAGGAAAUGGAAAGCUGCAAGACCCGGAGAGAAACAAGUUUCAGUGAUUCUUCAAUUUGAUAAGGAAGAGCAGAUUCACAGUAUCGACAUUGGAAAUGAAGGCUCUGCUUUCAUUGAGGUCCUUGUGGGUCACUCCGCAUCAGUGAAAGAUCAGGAUUUUGAGGUGUUGCUAGUCACCUCGUCGUUCAUGUCACCUACAGAGAGUCGAAACGGCACAAACACAAACAGAGUUCGAUUCUUCAGUCAAAACCAGCUGGUGAAGGCCGCGGCACAGGACAAAUGGGACUGUGUGAAGAUUGUGUGCACGCAGCCUUACAGCAAGACAAUAGCAUAUGGAGUCACCUUUAUAAAGUUCCACUCGCCUCCAGACAGCAGCGAUGUUCCUGUCUCGACUCCGCCUAAACUGACUAAACUGGGCCAGUUCCGUGUAAAAGACGAGUCCCCGUCCUCUGGAUCCGGUGUGCAGCCCGGCAGUCUGUUCUUCAACAGAGACAGUUCUGCUAAGACCAGCACAGGACUGAAGGUGUCUCCUCAGAAUGACAGGUUGAGUUACGCCGCUGCUGCUCUGAAGUCUGACGGAUCGUCCACACAGUCACCUUCCAGCAGCAGCUCACAGCAGGCUCCUGUGAAGAGGAAGUUUGAGUUCAGUAAAGACCGUCUGGAUGCUGCGGGUCCCCCACCCAAAAAAUCCAGCUCCGCUGAACCAAACUCCGCCACCCCGAAAACUAAAGCAAGAACCAGCACAACUCCAACAUCCAGCACCAACGUGUCUCCAGCACAGAAGAGUGCAGAGAAGAAGAGAGAGACUCCAAAGUCCAAACCGGAGGCAAAACCCAAAGCCAAGCCCAAAUCUACAGAACCGGUGCCUGUAAACCGCAUCAUGGAGGGAGUUGUGUUUGUCCUGAGUGGCUUUCAGAACCCGUUCCGUGCAGAUCUGAGGGAUAAAGCGCUGGCCAUGGGAGCACGAUACCGACCCGACUGGACUCCAGACUGCACACACCUCAUCUGUGCGUUUGCCAACACGCCCAAAUACAGUCAAGUGAAAGCGGCUGGUGGCACAAUCGUCAGUAAACAGUGGGUACUGGACUGCCACAAACGAAAAGAGAAGAUUUCACACAGACGGUAUCUCAUGGACGGAGCCGAGUCCAGUUCGGAGAGUGAGGCAGAACCGGACGAGAGCGACGAGGAACCAGAGAUUGUGAAAACUCCAGAAAAGAAGCAGGUGACCCCAAAGAAACAGCCGAUCAAGACAGAGGAAGAUGAGUAUGGAGGAUCAACAGAUGAAGAAGGCCCAGCAGGAGAUGACGAGUCCGGUAUGGACACUGAAGAUGAGCUAAACAGGGUGCAGAUGGAGAGCAGGAAGAAAAAAGCAACGAGGGAAAGCGCCGGCGAAGUGAAAGAUGAAGAUCCGUACGGCGGCUCUACUGAUGAGAACACGGACGCCGAGGAAGAGGAGGAUAAACCCAUCCCUGAACUGCCAGACUUUUUAACAGGAAAGUUCUUCUAUCUCUACGGCAAGUUCCCCGACCACCAGAAAAGGCAACUUCAGCGCUACAUCGUCGCCUUCAAUGGAGCGGUUGAAGACUACAUGAGUGAGAAGGUCCAGUUUGUCGUCACCAGUCAGGGAUGGGACGAAACAUUUGAGGAUGCUUUGAUGGAAAAUGGAAAUCUGAGCUUUGUAAAGCCUUCCUGGAUAUUCGCCAUCAAUGACCGGCAGAAGAUGCUGCCGUACCAGCCGUACACUGUUGUUCCUUGAGAGAGCUUUUGCAGUCUGAUGAUUUCUUGCUUUUUUGAAGCACACCGAUUGAUUGUAGCCUUGACACGAGACGAGCUGCAUUACAGGAAUAGUUCAGGCAAAAAUGAGAAUUCUGUCAUUAUUUACACACCCUCAGAUUGUUCAAAACCUGUAUGACUUUCGUAACACAGUGACUGCAGCUGUCAAUCUCCAAAAAGCAACAUAAAAUCAGUCCUGACGACUCCAUGUCUUCUGAAGUGUUACUGAAGCUUUUGAUCAGGAAAAGACCUAAAUUUAAGUCGUUAUUCACUGAAAAUCUUACCAUCUGCUCUGCUGCCAUUUACUGAAUUAAUCCACUCUCUUUGUUUGGCUUUUAUGUUCCUCUGAAGAAAGUCGUGUGUGUAAAAACCUGGAUGUAGUUUUAGUUAUUGAAUAUGUAUCUUCACACAUGCUGUCACUUAUUGAUUAGCUGAUCUAUAUUCAUAUCGCUUGCCCUCAUUAUCGCCAGAUAUUUCAGCGCUUUUAUGUGUGCAUUAUUUAAAACCGUCUCAAGAAGCACCUGAGAUUAAUAUGGCUGUAAAAUGAGUUACAUUUAUUGGAGAUUCAUGCUGCGUAUGAUGGGUAAACUCUCAUGUUAAGGAUUGGGACGUUCGGGAUAGGGAUGUUAGGGAUAGGGAUGUUCGGGAUAGGGAUGUUCGGGAUAGGGAUGAUAGGAAUAGGGAUGUUUGGGAUAGGGAUGUUAGGGAUAGGGAUGUUUGG